AUGUUUAAGGAAGUUAAGUGUUAUAGAGAUCGAUGCUGGGAACAAGGAGUUGAAAGUUUCAAGGAGUCUGAUAUCUUACCAUUUGACAGAGAGUUGGGUCAAAUACAAAGUCAAUGGAAAAGAAUACAUGCAAAAGUAUCCAAAUUUGUUGGUGCAUAUGCUCAUGCAGAGUCUCGUCGGAAAAGUGGUGAGUCUGAUGACGACGUCAUGAAAACUGCAUUUGCAAUCUACAAAAAGGAUAAUAAAACAAACUUCAAUAAGCUUCACUGUUGGGAAAUUUUAAGGCUUAAUGAUGUAUGGAAGCCUAUGGGAGAUACUGUAAAAGCUUGCAAAAAGAAGACAGUUAAUCAAGAAAGUGGCUCAAAGAGGUGGAGGAUCAAUGAAGCUGGCAACUACUCCACUUCAAGUGAGCCAAAUACGCCAAGCAGUGGAGACCCAACUACUCCAAACGACGGAUUCACCAAAAAUAAAGGCAAGGGAAAAGUUUUGAACAUGCCUGCAGAAGCCUUUCAAGAGUGGAUGGAUCAAGUCCAAAAAUUAAAUUUGGAGAAAAACAAUGAACUUCAAGUCGAGAUCCAAAGGAUUAAUCAUGAAAAGGAAAGCAACAGUGAGAUGGUCCGGCUAGAAAGGGAGAAAAUUGCAAUUAAAAACAGGAAGAUUAACUUGGAGUUAUUCAAUGUGCUUUCAUCAAGGAAUGAUUUAAAUGAGGAAGAACAACAACUUAAGAGAGAUCUAGUUAAGGUUUUAUUUCCAAUGUAA